AACUUUCCAUGAAGUGAACUAAUCGCCGAACCUCAACUUCCUUUUGUUAAUUACGUGUAAGUCCCCCGUACUUUUGGAUAUUUCACUUUAACCACUUCCCGUUUUCACAACGAGCAGUUGCCAGCUACUCUAGCCGGGUUUUUCGAUAAAAAAAAUGGGAAAACUCGGGAAGAAAGCAAGGAAGUUCGCCAAGAAGAAUCUGCAGUCUGUGUUAAAAAGAAAGCGAAAGAAUAAGUCUAUGUUCAAGAAGAAAGCUUCUAAAAAAGAUGAGAGGGAUGCAGCUGAAAACAAAGAAGAAGAGGCGCGAGAAUUAUCUAAUAGAAGAAACCAUGAAGGUAUGGAUAUUGAGGACACAUCCCUUGAUGAAAUAUUUAGUGAAGACGAUAGUGACGUCGACGGAGAUGAUUCAGGCAGUGAUGGAUAUCUUUUAGAGGACUCAAGUGAUACAUAUGUAGCUGAAAGUCAUCUGGAAGAGAACGGAGCUGGUAUGGAGUCAUCUGUGCAGAACCAAGAAAUUCUUUCAGAACUGGAGAGUAAAAUGAAAAAAUUGGAAAGACUGAAAAAAAAGGAUCCAGAAUUUUCAAGGUUUUUGGAAAGUCAUGAUAGGGGUCUCAAAUCAUCCAGAAAUGAAGAUGCUUAUUCAGAUGAUGAUGAGACAAGUAAUGAUGACAUAAAUUCAGUGGAUGAUGAUGGCCCAAAUUCACAUAAGAACAAGCUCUUGACCAACUCUGUUGUUAAUUCUUGGUGUAACCUAAUUAAAGAGCAGCAGAGUGUGCCUGCCCUUAUUAGUCUACUAAAUGGGUAUCGAGCUGCAUGCCACUAUGGAGCUGAAUCAACUGGUGCCCUUGAUGCCGGCUCCAGCUGUAGAAUUCAAGAGAGUGAAACCUUUUGCAAGAUAUUGACAUUUGUGCUUCAUGAGGCUGAUAAUGUAUUUCGUGGGAUGCUGGGAAUUUCAUCCUCAUCUAGCAAGAGGGGGACCAUUUUGGAACUGAAGAAUACUCCAAAAUGGAAAACUCUGAGGCCACUUAUCAAGUCUUAUUUGAGAAGUACCAUGUUCAUGCUGAAUCAGGCUACAGACUCUGAGAUAUUAGCUUUAUCCUUAAGCAGGCUUAGAGCUUCUGUAGUAUUUUUUGCUGCUUUUCCUCCUUUACUGCACAGACUCAUCAAGAUUGGGGUUCAUCUGUGGGCAACUGGUGAAGGGAUUUUAUCAUCUCACUCCUUUCUUCUCUUACAAGAUGUGUCUUCUGUGUUUAGUUCAGAUUUCUUCGAUAUUUGCUUAAUUAAAAUGUUCAAAGCCUUCAUUGGUCACUGCAAAUUUGUGGAGCCAGCUCUAUUCAAACACAUACAAUUUCUAAGGAACUCUUUUGUUGAGCUGUGCUCUCAAGAUCUGCAGAAAUCAUCAAGCAAGGCAAUGAUUUCCAUCCAGAAAAUGUCUAGGAUACUGCAGUUAGGUCUACAAACAAAGAAGAAGGAAGCAGUGAAGAAGAUAUGCAGUUGGCAGUUUACUAACUGCAUUGAUCUCUGGGUUACCUAUAUAUCACAUAAUGUGCACGAUUAUGAUCUUCAGCCGUUGAUUUAUAUUAUCAUUCAGAUUAUAAAUGGAGUGGCUGUACUUUUUCCAGGACCAAGAUAUCUGCCUUUAAGACGCAAAUGUGUUGAGUGGUUAAAUCAUCUCUCUAGUGCUAGUGGAAUUUUCAUCCCUGUCACUUCAUUGGUGUUGGAUCUUUUGGGAUAUAAAAUAGGAAAGGAGGGUGGGAAGCCUGGGAAGGACUUCAACUUUUCAUCUGCAGUGAAGUUGCCAAAACAUUUGCUGAAAUCCCGAAACUUCCAAGAAGAGUGUGUUUUUACUGCCAUUGAACUGCUUUCAGUGCACUUUGCUCAGUGGAGUUACAACAUUUCUUUUCCUGAGCUGGCAACUAUUCCACUCAUUCGUCUAAGGAAGUUUCACGAAAAAACUGCUAUUGAGAGUUUCCGGCGAGUUGUGAAACGCUUUGUUGAUAUGGUGGAGCAGAACAUUGAAUUUGUGCGAAAGAAGAGAGAGGAGGUGGCAUUUUCACCGAAAGAUCAGCAGUCCGUUGAAACAUUUCUUCAGCUUGAGAAGCAAAGUGGCAAUGCCCCAUUUACACAAUAUUACAAAAGUGUCAUGGAAAGGGCUGCUUCUGGGAGUCUUAUUUUGAAUGGAAAGAUAAGUAAUUACAGUUGUAACAAUUUUGCCGCAGUUUCCUUGAGCAGAAGAAAUCAAAAAGGAAAAGAGGACAACAAUCAACUGUCACCAUAGAUGCUAGCUAGUGCCAAUGGUGAAGAGCAGCCGGAGAAAAAAAAUAAGGUAGACCCCUCGUUCAAUGACAAAAGAAGAGAUAGAAAUCGAGGCAGAAUUGAAAAGCUUGAAGGUUAAUGCCUUCCUACCAUCAAAUUUUGAUGCCAUGUGAUGUGAAAGUAAGAAGGUUGAGAUGUUUCUUUGGUGGCAAUUUCUUAAAGCAACUGUAUUGCAUGAUGUAAUGCUCAUUUAGGCUUGUGGAAGUUAUUCUGAUUAUGAAAUACAUAUGCAAAAGGGAAAAAUUUUGUUUACGAUAUUAGAAAAGGGAAAUUAAAUUUUGGAACACCAUAUUGUCAACUUAUGUAUUGUUGAUCUCUGAGUAGAGGUGGAUGAAUUUUAUUUUA